GCGUCCGUUCUCUCCCUCCUGGCGGCGUAUUUCCGUGCGCGCGUGUGUUACAUGUGUGUGCGUGGCGGCCGCGCCGGGCUCUCGAGGUGAAAAUACCGCCCUCUCCUUCUACCCAACCCCUCCGUGUAUAAUACGCUGAAGGUAGCCGCUAUCUCGCGCGAGUAACAAGCACGCGAGACAAGAGGGAGAAAGAGGAGGAGUGGACGACGACGAGGAGGAGGAGAAGGUGGAGGAGGACAAGAAGCAGAAGAAGAGGCGGAGGAGGUGGAGGAGGACGAGCAACGGUGCGAGAAAGAGGUGGAAGAAAGCGGAAAAGAAAAUAACGGAGCGCGGGCGCGAGCGAGAGGGACAGCGCGAGAGGCGAGCCUGCUGCUGCUGAGAGCGAGAGAGUGAAAUAGUGUGAGGCGCCCGCUCGUCAUUUAUCCUAAUACAGCAUGACCUCCAACAAUUCGCAGAAACUCCCCACGACGGAUCGAGUGAUCAAAAAUGUCCCGUUUCCACCGUCGCACAAAAUGACAGUGGCAGAAGUGUUCGAUGAACGAACAGGAUCCCCGCGGCCGGAGGUCCUCAAGCAACACUUUAUCCUCGAAGGUAGGAUCGACGAGGCUGCGGCUCUUCGUAUAAUCAACGAUGGAGCCGCCCUUCUACGCUCGGAGAAGACUAUGAUAGAUAUCGAGGCUCCGGUCACCGUAUGCGGCGAUAUUCACGGACAGUUCUACGACCUGAUGAAAUUAUUCGAAGUGGGCGGUCCACCUUCCUCGACUAAGUAUCUCUUCCUAGGCGAUUAUGUCGACAGAGGAUAUUUCAGUAUCGAGUGCGUAUUGUACCUGUGGGCGCUGAAAUUGUGCCAUCCAACCACACUUUUCCUCCUCAGAGGUAACCACGAGUGCCGUCAUCUCACGGAAUACUUCACAUUUAAGCAGGAAUGUAAAAUAAAAUACUCCGAGAGGGUGUACGACGCGUGCAUGGAUGCCUUCGACUGUUUGCCGCUCGCUGCCCUCAUGAACCAACAGUUCCUCUGCGUACACGGUGGUCUGUCGCCAGAAAUUCACAAUUUAGAAGACAUUCGCAAACUGGACAGGUUCAAAGAGCCGCCGGCAUUUGGGCCAAUGUGUGAUCUCCUCUGGUCGGAUCCUCUCGAGGACUUCGGCAACGAGAAGAAUGCGGAACACUUUUCCCACAAUAGUGUCAGGGGUUGUUCAUACUUUUACAGUUACGCGGCGUGUUGCGACUUUCUGCAAAACAACAAUUUGCUCAGCAUCAUAAGGGCGCACGAGGCUCAAGACGCCGGAUAUCGCAUGUAUCGAAAGUCUCAGACGACGGGCUUCCCGUCGCUCAUCACCAUCUUUAGCGCGCCCAACUAUCUCGACGUGUACAACAACAAGGCAGCGGUUUUAAAGUACGAGAACAACGUGAUGAAUAUCAGGCAGUUCAAUUGCUCGCCACACCCAUACUGGUUGCCCAAUUUCAUGGACGUUUUCACAUGGUCCCUACCAUUUGUCGGCGAGAAAGUCACAGAAAUGUUGGUGAACGUGCUGAACAUUUGCUCGGACGACGAGCUGAUGAGCGACGGUGAUGACGCGCUCGAGGAAGUCGCCGCCAAAGUCGUUGUCCAAAAAAAGAAUGGUGCAGCAGCCAAUCUACGUAAGGAAGUGAUCAGAAACAAGAUCAGAGCCAUUGGCAAAAUGGCACGGGUGUUCUCCGUCCUGAGAGAGGAGAGCGAGAGCGUUCUGCAGUUGAAGGGCUUAACGCCGACUGGAGCUUUACCGCUCGGUGCAUUAUCUGGUGGCAAAACCUCUCUGAAAAAUGCACUUCAAGGCUUCUCGCCGAAUCAUAAAAUUACCUCGUUCGCCGAGGCCAAGGGCUUGGACGCCAUAAACGAAAGAAUGCCACCGAGGAAAGAUGCACCGCCUACACCGGCGAAUGAGGAGAAAUCCGUGGCAAAGCCGCCGCCUCCUGCGGGAGACAAGCGGGACCACAACAUGCCGCAACCGCAGUCGUGAGCCCCACACUCGUCCACUCAAGAUGGCGGAUUGAUGGAUGGGUCCUAAGACCCCGGCUAUCGCCGCCAACACCGAACAUUUGCAAACCAUUGCUCGUCUCUCUCCCCCCCCCCCCUGCUGUUACAACCAGUGUGCCGUUCAUCGAGGAGUCAGGAGAAAUCAUCGCCGUCGCAAGAGGAAAAUCAGGAACGGACGGACAGACGGUUGCGAAGCGAAAGCGAUUCUUCAUCGAUGCGAUUUUCAACGAGCAUCGUCAUCGGUCCCGGUGUGCGCAUAGCAGAAGAAAGCAAGCAGUCAAGGAAAGGGGGCUGUAAGAACAUCGAGAAACACCCAGCCGGAUGUUUCGUAGCAGGCCUCCUCUUCUCCGAGGAUUUGCCUCUGUAUCUCUUUUUAGCGUACACUCGCGAAUGGAAAAUGAGAAUGUUAGCCUCCCAUCUGCGAUGAACCGCGCGCGUGCGAUGUUCUCCGUUCUCUCGCCGCUCGUGCAAUUAUUCCUUGCUCUUUUUCUUUCUAUCUCUCUGUAUAUCUCUCUCUCUCCUAUAUAUCUUAUCUCCUUCGCUCAGUCUCCGUCUCUCGCAAUUCCUCGCUCUUCUUCUCUUCCCAGCAUCCACGGACCUGUACACUACACUAUCCGCGUGUUUCUCGCGAAUUAAUCGACCCAAUGUACAUACGCGCGCGCGCGCGCAUAUGUACGUACGUAUCAACGACGAGCGGAAUGGUAGCGAUAUAUCUUAUAGGUAGAUUCGUUUACACACGUCGAGAUGUUCAUGUAUAAGGAAGAACGACUUCCCCUGUCUUCAUUGGGUACCAUUACUCUCGUGUCAUUUCUUUCUCCGACGUGGGAAAGCGAUGAGAGACGGAAUGAACGACUCGCGCGCGGUUACAUCUAUAUUAAUGAGAGGAAUCGCAUAGACAGUGUGAAAGAGAGAGAAUGAGAGGGAGAGAAAGAGAAAGAGAGAACGGACGAGCGGUCUCCGCCAAAGAAACAAAGAAGGCAGCUGGCCUGUCGUCACGGCGGAGCUUCCGGUUUUAGGAUUUUACUAGGUUCUUAAGAUGUGUCCGCCCUGGGUGACGCGCGUAAGGGCAUCCCCCGCGCCACGGGGUGAGGUUACUUAAACCUUAAGUCGAGCUAAGCUUAGGGUUAAGUCGUAAAUAUAUAUAUAUAUAU